UAGGGCCAUGAUGACACCUUGAUGGGAGCAAGUGGUUUUGUUCCUAGAGCUUUCUCAAUGAUCUUUUUGAAUUCUGCCCUUUCCCAGAGGACUGCAAGAAUGGAAAUUGGAACGGCAGACAGUGUGAAUGCCAAUCAGGCUACACGGGUCAGCUCUGUGACUCCAUGCUGUUUUCCUUCCCAGUAGAAUUCCCCAAUGUUAUUAACGCUACCGUAACCGUGAUAGUAAAAGUGAUUGAACGGAACUUCACAGCUGACAUGAAGAACAUGUCCUCCCAGGACUACAAGAACUUCACAGACCUCUUCCUGAGCCAGAUGGAUAAGGUUUUCAAGGGUGACGACCUUCCCCAGUACAAAAAUGUGAUCAUCAGAAAACUUCUCAAUGGCAGCAUCGUGGUGGAAAGUGAUGUUGUUCUAGAGGCAAGCUACACCCCAGAGUAUGAGACACUGUUCAGAAACGCCACGGAGAUUGUGAAGGGCAAAAUCCUGAACGAGACUAACACAAUCACAACUGACCACUCCCUGUGCCAACACUACGUACUGUGCUACAAUGGUAACGUCACCACUAUGGACAUGGAGUCUCUAACCUUCAGCUUUGACCCUGUCGAGUAUUGCUUCCAGAAGGCUGCCAAGGAUUUCGGCCACUACUUUUACCCAGAGGAUCUGAACGGGACGCUGACCUGCGUGAACAAUUGCACUCAGGAGACGAAGUCACGGCUCAACUGUAACCGUGGCUACUGCCAGCUGCUUCGCGCAGGGCCCCAAUGCGUGUGCCCAAACACAGACAACCACUGGUACUGGGGAAAGACUUGUGAGUUCAGAACCAGCAAGAGACUUGUGUAUGGCCUCGUGGGCACCGUGCUGGCAUUGCUACUUGUCCUUGUGAUCAUCUUGGCUGUCUUCUUCGGCCACUCCCAGAGAGCUCACAGGUCAUCGUAUGACCCCUCUCAAGCAUGGCAGCCAGAAACCCUUCCUGGAACUUUCCAGAGCACAGGUGUUUGGGAAGGUGACGAUCUGAAAGAGGACAAAUUUAGCCUGGAGAAAGCAUACAGCCAUUUCCGCCCAAACCUGGAGAAUGUGGACACGAAAACCCAGAGGCCUAAGGUGGUAAAACCAGCAGCCCAAAUUUAGACAAGAGAGGGACAGAGUCCCCACCACCAGUAUCCCUGCUUGGUUAAGAUGAUGCUGACACCAGAUCCCAAAGCUAUUCUGAGGCGCUCGGACUCAGUCUGUGUCACUGCUAGAAGGACUUAUCAAAGCAGCAGAGAAGAGGACUGGGAGCCAGGUACCUUCUCCUCCUCACCGUCACCUCCACGUUCCAGGGACCCAAAGACUCUUAGGCAUCUCACCAUCUUCGUUUGCGUGUAGGCAUUGCUCUAUUCUGGAAUUUCCCUAUUAAUAAAGCACUUUUUAAAAGAA